CGAGAGCGCCCGAACCCCACUUGGGGCGCCCGUGCCGAUAUAUAAUCCAAUCGAAACCGCCACACUGUUGGCCGCCGGCGCCAGCCCGCUAGUAACCUGCUUAAUUUAGGCAUACGUGAGACUCUGAGAGAAGGUACUGACCACACAAGGGAGGCCACUCCCGCCCGGUUCGUCCGCGUCGUCGCCGAUCCGUACGCAACUCCCGUGAUCCGAUCCGGACGUACGGCCGCUCUCUCUCCGGGCUAGCUGGCGAUCGCCGACUGCAUGGGGCCGGCGGCCGGCGACGGCGACCGCGGCCCCGGCGCCGCGGCGGAGCACAAGGUGAACCUGUCGGCGCGGCAGCCGUUCGUGGAGUCGGUGCGGACGUGCCUGGCCGAGACGUUCUUCCCCGACGACCCGUUCCGGGGCCUGGGGUCGCGCCCGCCCGCCGCGCGCGCGUGGGGCGCGCUCAAGUACUUCGUGCCGGCCCUGGAGUGGGCGCCGCGCUACACCGCCGGCAAGUUCAAGUACGACCUCCUCGCCGGGGUCACCAUCGCCAGCCUCGCCAUCCCGCAGGGCAUCAGCUACGCCAAGCUCGCCAACCUCCCGCCCAUCAUCGGCCUCUAUUCCAGUUUCGUGCCGCCGCUGCUGUACGCGGUGUUCGGAAGCUCCAACAACCUGGCGGUGGGCACGGUGGCGGCGGCGUCGCUGCUGCUGGCGUCCAUCAUCGAGACGGAGGUCCCGCCGGAGGAGAACCCGCAGCUGUACCUGCAGCUCUUCUACACCGCCGCCUUCUUCACCGGCGUCUUCCAGACCGCGCUAGGCGUCUUCAGGUUAGGGCUGAUAGUGGAUUUCCUGUCGCGGUCGACGAUCACCGGGUUCAUGGGCGGCACGGCGACGAUCAUCAUCUUGCAGCAGCUCAAGGGGAUGCUGGGGAUGAAGCACUUCACGCCAAAGACAGACCUCGUCUCCGUCAUGCGCUCCAUCUUCUAUUACAGGCACGAGUGGAGGUGGCAGAGUUUAGUUCUUGGCAUAUGCUUCCUCCUGCUCUUGCUGUUAAGCAAGCACUUGAGGAAGAAGAAACCAAAUCUGUUCUGGGUGUCGGCCAUUGCGCCUUUCCUGAUCGUGGUCAUCGGCGGCGUCUUCGCCUUCCUGGUCAAAGGAGACGAGCAUGGCAUCCCGAUAGUCGGCGAUCUGAAGAAAGGGAUCAACCCGCUGUCUAUUUCGCAGCUGACGUUUACAGACAAGCACGUCAAUACGGCAAUGAAAGCGGGGUUCUUGUCCGGGAUCCUGGCGCUGGCAGAAGGGAUCGCCGUCGGACGGAGCCUGGCGCUGGUAAAGAACGAGCAGAUCGACGGGAACAAGGAGAUGAUCGCAUUCGGCAUCAUGAACAUCGCCGGGUCCUUCACUUCUUGCUACCUCACCACAGGGCCGUUCUCCAAAUCGGCGGUGAACUUCCACGCCGGGUGCCGGACGCCCAUGUCCAACGUGGUGAUGUCGGUGUGCAUCCUGCUGGUGCUGCUGUUCCUGGCCCCGCUCUUCAAGUACACCCCCCUGGUGGCGCUCUCGUCCAUCAUCGUCGUCGCCAUGAUCGGGCUCAUCAAGGUCAGGGAGUUCUGCCACCUGUACCGGGUCGACAAGUUCGACUUCUGCAUCUGCAUGGUCGCAUUCAUCGGCGUCGUCUUCUUCACCAUGGUCAUCGGCCUCAGUGCCUCGGUAGGCUUGUCCGUGGUCAGGGCACUGCUGCACGUGGCGAGACCUAGCACCUGCAAGCUCGGAAGCGUCGCGGGAGGCGACAUCUUCCGCGACGUCAGGCACUACCCGCACGCGAGGAGCGUCCCCAACGUCCUCGUUUUGCAGCUGGGAUCUCCGAUAUAUUUCGUCAAUGCAGGUUACUUGCGAGAAAGGAUCUUAAGAUGGGCGGAAGAGGAGGAGAACGGCAGCAAGAUUGACGGGCAAGAUCUGCAGUACGUGGUCCUUGAUCUCGCUGGUGUGACUUCCAUCGACAACACGGGGAUUGGGAUGCUAGUCGAGGUUCACAAGAGCCUUGAUCGUAAAGGGAUCAGGAUAGCGCUGACGAACCCCAGGCUGGAGGUGACGGAGAAGCUGGUGCUGUCUGGGUACAUCAAGGACAUCAUAGGGGAGGAGUGGGUGUUCCUCACGGUGAAGGACGCCAUCACGGCGUGCCGGUACGCGCUCCAGAGAUCUAGAAGCAAGGAUGACGGUGAAGUAUAGCUAGCGUCCAGGGACAGUCUUUUAGUAGGAAUUAUAGUUCAGUAGUAGCUCAUCACUAGCUGUAGAUAUUGAGAAGCAGGCAGGAAAGCAAGCAUCGGAGGUCCUUGUAUAGGAGAAGAUUCAGAGCUACGACUACGAGAGAUUGGGGUGUGGUUGCGGUGCUUGCAUGUGUUGGAUUAUUGUGUGGCAUCUGGUCUCUCCGUCUUUGUAAGGGAAAUAGCGAGGUGGCUGGGGAUAGGUAGCUAGCGUUUGUGUAUAGACCAGUUCAGCUUUGCCUGUACCAGUUUGCAAUUGCAGCACAAUAGGCUGUUUGAAUC